AUGUGGAACGCCAACCUUACCCAGGAGAGUCCCGAAAGCCCUGUUGGAAUCCUCGCCCUCAAUAACAUCUUCGAGCUCUGGGAAUGCUUGAUCAUUGGUCUACUAGCCAUUGACCUCGUCAUCACUCUCUACGGCCUCGGAUCCGAGAUUCCCGAUGCCGUUCUCCCGGAAGCACACGCGGAGAGCGUUGCCGUCAUCGCAUUCACGGAACUCAUUCUUCUCAUGCAGCUCCUGCAAAUCCUACUCCCGACAUAUCCAACUAGCGAAUUCGAAUCAUUGGCCAGAUCCAGGAAACUGAGUGAGCGAACACUUUGCAAGUGGAUAGGUGGACUUUUCGGCACUCAAGGGGCAGAAUUCGCAGCAUCGACGCCGAAGCUCGAAGCGAACGAGCUGAGGACCUUCGGCUUCUUCCUCAUUCCGGUUGCCGCGGCGGUUGGAUGGAAGUGGAGGAGACUUCGGCGGCGACUGCGGCGAGCUGGGAGGGAAGACGAGGCAGCUUUGAUUGCAAGGGUCUUUCGCGUAUGGGCAGCCCGGAACUGA